AGUAACCUCUUACAUUAGAAUCAUCAGACUCUGAUAAACUGGAUUAUACCCAGCUUGCAGGAUCAGAUUGUAGGUCUCUUAUCAUUCUCCACCUUGCUGGGGGGAGGAGGAAGAAUCACACUCUUUCAUAAAUUGAAAGGCAAAAAUCAAAUUGAGAUCCAAGAAUUUAUUUGAAUUUUUUUCCAAAGGAACUGUGUUUGGACAUAACUACUGGAUAAGAAAAUAUCCGAGACAAGAGUGAGUAUGACCCAAAGGAAAAUGUGGUUGGAAUCUGGACACACCUUUGCAUCUUGAUCUUGUUGUUGAACUGUAGCAUAAAACACAUUGAAUCAGAUUUAAUGAUGGAGAGAAAUUGGAUAAUUCAGUCGCUGCUCCUCUUGUCAGUUACCAUGUUUUUUGCCAUUGCUAUACCAAAUGAGCAGAAUCAGAAUGUGACACAAGACUACACUCAUUUGAGUGUGACUAGAAAUAAAAUUAUGACAGCACAGUAUGAAUGCUAUCAGAAAAUUACACAAGAUCCUAUUCGUAGUAAAGAAGGUCCUUACUGUAACAGAACAUGGGAUGGUUGGUUGUGUUGGAAUGAUGCUGCAGCAGGAACCAUAUCAGUACAACGCUGUCCUGACUACUUUCAGGACUUUAACCCAUCAGAAAAAGUUACAAAGAUUUGUGACCAAAAUGGAAAUUGGUUUAGACAUCCUGAAAGCAACAGAACAUGGACAAACUACACCCAGUGUAAUCUCCAUACACAUGAAAAAGUAAAGACAGCCCUGAAUUUGUAUUAUCUGGCCAUCAUCGGGCAUGGUCUUUCAAUUGCAUCACUUUUGAUUUCCCUUGGCAUAUUCUUUUAUUUUAAGAGCUUGAGUUGCCAAAGGAUCACCCUACAUAAAAAUCUGUUUUUCUCUUUUGUUUGCAACUCCAUCGUUACAAUAAUUUGGCUGGCGGCAGUUGUCAACAACCAACAGUUAGUUGGAACUAAUCCAGUUAGUUGCAAAGUAUAUCAGUUCAUUUACUUGUAUUUAACUGGUUGCCAUUACUUCUGGAUGCUCUGUGAAGGCAUUUAUCUGCAUACUCUCAUUGUGGUGGCUGUCUUUGCAGAGAAACAACACUUGAUGUGGUAUUAUCUUCUCGGCUGGGGAUUCCCACUGAUCCCUGCCUGCAUACACGCUGUAGCAAGAAUUAUGUAUUUCAAUGACAAUUGCUGGAUCAGUUCUGAAACUCAUCUGCUGUACAUUAUCCAUGGGCCUAUUUGUGCUGCUUUAGUGGUGAAUCUUUUUUUCCUGUUGAAUAUUGUUCGAGUUCUGAUAACCAAGCUCAAAGUCACACACCAGGCAGAAUCCAAUCUAUAUAUGAAAGCUGUGAGAGCUACACUCAUUCUAGUGCCACUUCUUGGCAUUGAAUUUGUGCUGUUUCCAUGGCGACCAGAAGGCCGUAUUGCUGAAGAAGUAUAUGACUACGUGAUGCAUAUCCUUACGCAUUAUCAAGGUCUGUUGGUGGCUACAAUUUUCUGCUUUUUUAAUGGAGAGGUCCAAGCUGUUUUGAGAAGGCACUGGAAUCAGUACAGAAUCCAAUUUGAGCACAGCUUCACUCACUCAGAUGCUAUGCGCACAGCUUCCUACACGGUAUCAUCCAUCAGUGAUGUUCAGGGCUACAGCUUCAAUCACGAUUUCAUGAAUGAACAUUUAAAUGGGAAAAGCUACCAUGACAUGGAGAAUAUGGUUUUAAAAGCUGAAAAGCUGUAUGGUUGACUGCAGAAAUGCUGUAUUGCCUGCAUUCUAGUCCUAAUAGCUCAUGAACUUGGCGUUUGAGUUAAUGACUUCGUGGCCAGAAGAUUUUUACCUCACUGGGGACAUGUUUUUCCUGAAUGAUGCAAACUUAAGACAAUGCAUUUCUCAUGUGUAUAUACAUAUGCACAUAUAUGUUCAUACAUAGAUAUAAGUACAUAUAUAAAGAACCAGACUUUGCCUCUUC